AUGCGCCCUCUCACCCCUCUCCUCUCCCUCGCCCUGCCCGCCAUGGCCGCCGAACAGCUCCUCUACUCCAACCCGCUCAAAUCCACCGCCGACGUCGCCACCUGGAUCCCCGAGGGGCCCCUCAACGUGACCGCCGUCAACGGCACCAUCGAGCUCGCCGGCGGCGGCGGCCCGGACGACUACUUCGUCUACUGGGUGCCCGAGGUCUUCCCCGACGGCAUCCGCAUCACCUGGGAGUUCUCCCCGCGCGCCGAGCCCGGGCUCGCCAUGUUCUUCUUCGGCGCCGCCUCCGCCGCCGACGACGGCAAGCUCAGCAUCUUCGACCCCAGCCUCAAGCCCCGCAACGGGAGCUACCCGCAGUACCACUCCAGCGACAUCCGGACGCUGCAUGCGUCGUACUUUCGGAGGCGGUGGCCUGAGGAGCGGGCGUUCCACCUCGCGAAUCUGAGGAAGUCGCCUGGUUUUCAUUUGGUUGCGCAGGGGGCUGAUCCGUUGCCUCCUGUACCUGAUGCCGCGGGGGCGUUUUACAAGAUCGAGGUUGUCAAGGAUAAGAGGGAGGUCAAGUUCAGGAUUAAUGAUCUUCCCAUCUUUGAGUUCAAUGAUGAUAAGUCGACUGGGCCGGUGAUUCGGGAUGGCAGGAUCGGGUUCAGGCAGAUGCAGCCCCUGGUGGCUCGGUACCGCAACCUGCAGGUUUGGAAGCUCUGA